CUUCAAUUCUUAGCACGGAGGUAGGUAGGCACAUCAGAUGGAGAUAGAUAACACUGCUGGCGACUGGGAUAUUGCUGUUGCGCUACAAGCGUCGUUAGAUGAAGAUUUGGGAAGGAAGGAUAGAGGAGGAGAAGCGCAGCAAAAGAAAUAUCAUCCUGACGUGUCCAUUGUGGAUGAUUACUGGGAAUAUGCUGAUCCCACCCCAGACAUUAGAGAACUGUUCUUACAGUUUAAUGAAAUGUUUUUUGAUGGUCUACUAGCUGGAUGUGAAGUGAGAUGGAGUCCCAGAAUGACACUCUGUGCAGGUUUGUGUGUAUACGAAGGCUACGGUGGUUUGUGUUCGAUACGUUUGAGUCAGCCACUUUUGAAGUUGAGACCACGCAGAGACCUCGUGGACACACUACUGCAUGAAAUGAUCCAUGCAUUGCUGUUUGUGACUGAAAACAACACGGAUCAUGAUGGUCACGGUCCUCAAUUUCAGUCUCACAUGAGGAGAAUUAAUGAACGAAGUGGCACCAACAUCACUAUUUUCCAUAAUUUUCACAAUGAGGUUCGCGUGUACAGGCAGCAUUGGUGGAAAUGUGACGGGCCAUGUCAACACAGACCACCGUUUUACGGGAUGGUCAAGCGAGCUAUGAAUCGUGCACCUGCACCUCACGACUUGUGGUGGGACGAACACAGACAGUCUUGUGGAGGACAGUUUGUGAAAGUAAAAGAACCUGAUGGAUAUAAGAACAAGAAACGGCAGAAAACAAAAGCGACAAACAAUCCAAUGUCUGACAAUGGUGCAUUACUGAAGAAAAAACAGAAAAACCCAUCAAAUGACAGUGAUAUAAAUGAUUAUUUUGAAAAGUUGAGUGGAGGCCAUAGACUUGUCAACAGUUCAGCUGUGUCUACAACAAUGCCUCCUGCUGCUCAUCACAAAAAGAAGAAAGUAAGCAAUGAUGAUAGAAAGCUUGUAACUGUAGACAAAGCUCAUCAAGUAAACCAAACAUUGUGUGACUCUAAAGAAAUUGUUUAUGUUGAGGACAGCGAUAGUUGGAGUUUACCUCUGUCUGCUAAGGGAGUUGCCAAUAUUUGUGACAUUGAUGGCUCUAUGUUCAACAGUUGCAGCUCAAAUACUAAUGCUACUAAGGAGGCUUUUAUUCAUACUCAGUGUCCUGCUUGUGGUCAGUCAGUUUCAUUGGACACCAUUAACUCACAUUUAGAUGCAUGUUUAGGCAGUGCCUAGUCUUCUAGUAUGUAUAAUUCCUGCUAUAAGAUGUUACUGUAGUAAAGCUUAUUCUAACAAGGAACUACUGCUCUAGCAUUAUUGGGCACUUCAGUGAAACAGCA